CUGUAUCAUCAGUCAGGAAGUGUCACCAUAGCAACAGUAACAAACAAUGGUGCCCGAAAGGGGCCCUCACAAAGCUGUCCCUCCUGGCUCAGAGCCCAGAAGAAUGACCAACAUGCCACCGAGGUUACUCCAACGGCCUAGUGAUCCAUGUCACAGAAAGCCUCUCCUGCAGAUGGCCCAAGUCAACGAACUCCUCCCCCAGUACCAGACAUGGGCUCAGCGCCAGUUCCUCCUUCCUUGUGAGUCCUGGGAGUUCCCUGGCUUCACCCGGCAAGCCUACCACCAGCGGGGUCUGCAGCAGCCCCCGUGCACAGAAAUCAAGUCCACCGUGCGUCAGCGGCUGCUCCACCCUUGGCAGGGUGCAGCUGAGCACAUCUGGGGCUUCCACACGUGGCUCGAUGUGGGGCGUCUCCCUGCCACCUUCCCCAGGCGGCCAGACAGGCCCUACGACAGCAACGUCUGGCGCUGGCUCACACACUCCCAGGCGUGUCGCCUUCAACCAGCAGAGCCCCGGGUGCCCCCUCCAUCCAGGAUGGGGCCAAACAGCUUCCUGACCUUCAUCUGCUCCAUGCCCAUCUUCUUGGAUGGAAACAGGAAGACCCAGGUGAUUCUGAGGACAGUGAAAGAGCUGGAGGAAGCAGAGAAACUCAAGCUGAGGAGUGAAAUGAGAGCACCUCUGCUGGAUGCCCACGGCAACACCCUGCCCCGUGAGAACUUCAGGAAGUCCUGGCACAAAUCAGCUGGGGGAUGGUUUGUUUUGAGCCUCCCGCUCCUGCCCAACGCACUUCCCACUGCUCUAGCCAGAAGCUGGCCCUGCCCAAACCCUCUGCCUCAUCACCAGAAGAAGGUGCUAAAGCUGGCCUGGCUGCCCAGUGUACCCCUGAGCAAGGGCCUCGUAAGGGAUUACCAGGCCUUGCUAGCGGAUCGCAUUGCGCUGCCUCUCCACCAUCUGUCCACCACACAGCACGGCCAAGCCUCGGGGAGGAAGAGGAGGAGGCCUGGACACAUCUAGAAGAGGCUGCAGACAGUGAAGACCAUGGCAUGCACGCACACACUCCCAGGUUCCUGUUUCCAGCCCAUGUUCCUUCAGCAGGAAGCUUCUGGUAGCCAAAGGACUCUGACUUUAUAGAACAGCUUCUCCACCAUUUUCCCAACCUCAUGUCACCUUUGUACCCUG